CGCCAAGCCACAUUCGUAGAUUGAACUUGUUUCUCCAUCUUUUAUUACGAUUACUGUUCUCUCUCUAGCAACAUGGCAGACAUCUCAAAGGAAGAUCUUCGCAAAGAAAUUGCCGCCAUCUUAAAAGAUGCUGACCUUUCAUCCACUUCUGCCAAGAAGGUGAGACAGGAGCUAGAAGAGAAACUAGAAACAAAUCUUCAAUCUAGGAAGAAGGAAAUAGACGAUUUGGUAAUGGAAUUCGUCAGUUCAAAGCAGGACAAGAAGAAGGGCAAGAAGGCCGAAUCUGAGGAAGAGGAGGAGGAGGAAGAAGAAGAGGAGGAAGAGGAACCUUCUGAAGACGAGAAAAAGAAAAAACGCGCCUCCACUGGUAAGAAGCCGGCAGCGAAGAAAGCAAAGAAGACAUCAGAUGACGAAUCUGCCAGCGAACAGAGCGAAGGUGAUUCUGAAGAAGAAUAUUCUCCCAAAAAGGCAAAACCUGUUAAGACACGUAAACUUCCCCCCAAGAAGAAGAAGGGUUCCGAAUCUGACUCAGAUGAAGACUGGGGCAAAAAGAAGGGAAAGAAAGGUGGCGGCGGCGGCAAGAAGGGAGGUAGCGGUUACACAAAAGUAAUGAAUUUGUCUCCAGAAUUGGCAGCGUUGGUCGGUCAGGACUCGAUGGCUCGGCAUGAAGUCGUCAAAAAAGUGUGGUCUAUAAUCAAAGAAAAAGAUUUGUACGAUCCCAAAAACAAACAGUACGCCAUCUGUGAUGACGCAUUGAUGAAAGUCAUCGGAACGAAACGUUUCCGUACGUUCGGUAUGAUGAAGUAUUUGAAAAACCACUUCAUCAGCUAGAUUUUCUGCGUAUUCGCCAACUAGCGCCCAUUUAUCUUUUCCGGAGUACUCAAGUUUGAGUAUGUUUUUUUCAGUAGUUUGGUGUUCGUAUUAUUGCGCUAGUUGGUUAAAAAUAUAAAUGUUAAAUAGAGAAUUUCAAAUAAAUAUUUUUAUUAUAAGCCCGAUUAGGACUGAUUUAGUUUUAAGUUUUAUUAUUAAACACGAGUUUCUUUUUUUAUAAUAAAAAAAAUGUAUCAGGAUUUCCGUAAUGGUUUGUGUAACUGUGCACCUGUAAAUGUUCUGUCUAAAAACUGUAUGAAGUAUGUGCAGAUUUUUAUUAAAUAAAUAAAACUAUGGACUGUGUUA